CAGUCUUCCUCCUCACCGCCUCUUCCGCCCACUGGGCUCAGUGGUGUCGUCACUUCCUGUGGUCUCGAGCUCGGAGAAGAUGGCGGCUGUGGUAGUGAGCGCUGAUGGAGGAGUCUCACCGCUGGAUUCGGACUCGGUGUCACCGCGGAUCCCGUCUCCAGCGCCCGAGCAGCCGCUCCAGAACAACGCGCUGCUGGGACUCCCGAUCGUGGCGAUCGAGAACAUCCUCAACUUCCUGUCGUACGACGAGAUCAGCCUGCUGCGACUGGUGUGUAAGCGCAUGGAUGUGAUCUGCCAGCGCGUGCUGAACCAAGGCUUCCUGAAAGUGGAGCGCUAUCACAGUCUGUGCCAGAAACAGGUCAAGGCCCAGCUGCCCAGGAGGGAGUCGGAGCGCAGGAAUCACUCGCUGGCGCGGCACGCAGACAUCCUGGCAGCCGUGGAGACACGUCUGUCUCUGCUCAACAUGACCUUCAUGAAGUACGUGGACUCAAACCUCUGCUGCUUCAUUCCUGGGAAGGUGAUCGAUGAGAUUUAUCGUGUUCUGCGCUAUGUGAACUCCACACGAGCGCCACAGAGAGCUCACGAGGUGCUGCAGGAGCUGCGGGACAUUUCCUCCAUGGCCAUGGAGUACUUCGACGAGAAGAUCGUCCCCAUCCUGAAGAAAAGGCUUCCCGGCGCGGAUCUCUCCGGACGACUGAUCGGCUCUGCUCCGGUGGCCGGUCCCUCUUCCUCUCUGACCACCAUGUCCCUGCUGGCCAAAAACACUCCGUCUCGCUCGGAAAUGACGAAGGUGCAGCAGCAGGUGAAGGUGAACGGCGCGUCGAUGACGGCGCUGCGGCGCGAGAUGCAGGAGGUGCGUGUCAAGCAGCUGGAGCAGCAGAAGCAGCUGCAGGAUCAGGAGCAGAAGCUGCUGGAGCAGUCUCAGGUGAUGGGAGAGCAGAACGCCCGGCUGGCCGAGCUGGAGCACAAGCUCAGGGAACUGAUGGACAGCGCGGUGGCCUCCAGCUCCUCCUCCACCCCCGGGGCGGCCGAGGCCCAGGGCCUGUGUCUCAAACGACCCCGCAAGUGCUCCGACCUCCCGCGCCACUCCAAACGCCUGCGCAGCAAGAAAUAGAAGGACGGUUCUCCGUAUCGGUCUUUUUUAACUUUUCUUUUGCUUCCUUAAAGCUGUAUAAUUUUUUCCACUUAUGUCAAAUAAGUACCGCACAGAGUUGGUGGGAAAUUGAAAACGAGAGGGGAAUCUUUUUGUUUUAUCAGUCAUCAGCAUGUCCCUCAUAUCAUUCACGUAUUACACUAAUAUGCUUGACUUCUGUUUCUAAAGGCUAGGCAUCUGCCUUGAGCAGUGUUUGCCUUCAAUGUUUACCCCACCUUCAUGCCAGUGAGCUCAUCAUUGCCCGAGGAAACAUUGCAAAGAAACACAAGACGAACAUUUGCAAGGGAAACAUGAACUGAAAUGAUGCUUCUGAAGACACUGCAUUGUGGAAACGUAGCUUCUUUGGGGCUCCGCCGUAGUUUCGACCAUACGUAGGUUCAAUUGUGUAAGAGGUUUUCAAGUUAAGACUUAGAUCCCCUUCUUGAAAUGGAGGACAUGAGGUGUUCGACACCUGACUACUAAAUUAUAUUGUUAUAAAUGGUAAAUAUCAGCUUCGUUCUGUGUUUUAAGAGUGAAAUAUUUCAUCUGAGAUGUGCCUCGACAGUAUGAGUCUUGCAGGUGUCUGCAGCUGUAGCGUACUCAAUUAUAUUGUUUGUCUGAAGAUCGUCCAUCUUUGAGGAUUGUGUCUUGUAGGUGUUAAUGCCAUGUUGUUCCUGCCACUGUUUGUAGGUGUAUAAUUUACUGCAAAUAGAUCUGUCUCAGUGCAAUAAAAAUUGUGGAAAGCCUUGUUACUAGGA